UCAGGAGCGAGGAUUUUUCUAAAUUAAUGUUUAUUGUGUCUUUGGGUCGGUAGAUUUGUUUCACUCUACAAUCAUGUCUGUGUCUCCUGAUGUGGUCCCAACUAUGGAACCAGUGAAUAAACCGUAUACUGAAACUGUUCCUUCAAUUUCAGUCGAACAACAACAGGAACAAAUAUUGAAAGCAAAAUAUGGAAAUCUUGCCAAGAAAGGAGGCUCGAGUUUGUUGCAGAAGAGAUUGGCUCAGAAGGGUGGGAACAAAUACUUUGAUUCUGGUGACUACAACAUGGCCCGUGCUAAAGUUGGAGGGAAGCAGAAAAUCCCCAUCGAAGUCAAAAAAGAGGUCACUGGCGACCACAUGCCCACACCGGAUGAACUUCCAAGAGUAAGGAAAGCCUCGCAGAGCAGCCUGGUUAUUCCUCAGCUGAACUGAACUCAUCUUUGAUUGUAUUUUCUACACAUCCAACAGCAGCACUGGCUUAAUUGCUUUUACCCUUACAAUAUUAAUAGAUAUUCUGUUACUUCUGCUACCAGGCAUAAUGUAAAUAAUCUUUUAGCGGCUCUUUAUUUCAAAUGAACAGCUAAAAGAUUAUUCUUACAUAGAGUUUAGUGCGGCAAAUUCGUUGUUCUUACUUUUCAGUGUUUCUGUAUUGCCCGAAAAUGUUCCUGAUGAGUCUGCAGGCCACAAAUAACCUUCCUUUAACUCUCUGCGAUUUUCGGAAUAAUUUUUCUAUGUCGUUGACAAUCUAGCUUUACCCAUUAAAAAACUAUAGAAAUGUUACUUUGCUGUAAAAAGAAUUUUAACCUCUUUUUUUAGGACGCUGCGUAUAGAUCAAUUUCUAUUUAUUUUAAUUCUGGUUUUUUUCUUAAUGUUCUAAACUGUAUAAGAAGAAAGUGAGGCUAAGAAUUGUGUUGCAAAAUUUUAACUGUUCUGUGAAUUUUCUUGACCAGCAAAACACAAACCAGAUUUUCUAUACGUGUUUGUAGAUAUGGAAACCUCACUUUCAGGAAAGUCAUCCUUGCCUACAGCCUUCUGCCAUUCGUUGUCCGUCCAUAGUUUCAAUGCUAUCAUUUGUACAUAACACCAAUAAAUGUUUUUACCACUAAAAA